UAACAUCCCACUGCGCACCCCUGCGGUGACGUACAUACACACUGUGCUGGCCUUCCGUCGGAGGCAUCGGGCUUCGAAACAGUUGAGUUGGGGCGUGGACCGCCAUCCGUACUUACCAUGUCGUUCGCACCGCGGUUUCAACCCAACGGGGGUUUCAACUCCAACGCAUCGACGGCGCCGGCCCAGCCGUUGCAUGCCGACAUCUUCCGUCCGCCGACGUCGCCUUCAGCAUCGAGUUGCAACCUCGCGAAAUCGACCGGUAGUGUCCUUUCCGACAUAUCGAUGUCGACUGCCCGACAUGCGGGAACGGCAAAACGAAAGCGGACAAGUACGAGGGAGUCAACACCGCUGGAUUGGCAUCUGAAUAUGGAGGGUGCAUAUGAUGGUCGGGAAGAGAGAAGGGGAGAGUUCAGGUACACUCUGGCAGGCCAAAUCAGCACCACGCCAGCAGAGCCACUAGGGGGUGCAGAGAAUGGCCAGUUGGAGGACAGUGUUUACUCCGACGUCGACUACCGGAGAGCGCUCGGCCCAAGGACGAUGGGGGCCGCCGACUCUCCACCCGGGCAAGUGGCACCCAGUGGGACGGAGGGCGCACCUAGCUCUGGAAGCUGGAGCUUGUUUAGCCUCCAGUUGAUAGGAAACGUGGUCGGCAAAGUGUGGGAGUUUUGCAAAAAGGGGGCUUUCAGGGGCUUUCAGGCCGGAGGCGGCCAGAAGUACAACGCAAACGGAGCAACGGUGACAGAAACAACGGGAGAGCCAUGCGCCCCAGAACCGGAUGCAUCAGCCGAACCCGUCGAGGAGAGCUCCAUGGGGGAAUAUGCACCCUCGUACUCCCCCGAGACCGCACAGUCAGCCGCCUCAGCCGCGUACCACGAUCUCAGCACACCCGAGUCCACACCGCUACCCGCCGCAAAACGCCGACAGGUCAGCGCGAAUAAUGAUGAACUCAGAAACUGGGUGGUGGUGGACGAGCCGAGCAGGCAACCGCCAAAGCAGUUUGCCGCCGAGGUGAGGGCCGCUGCUUCAAAGCCCAGCGGGCUGGUACGACCCCGAACAGGUUACUACGCCCAAACAUCCGUCAGUAGCCAUCGCCGCAUUACCGCGCCCUCGCCAAGGUUCACGGGCGGUUCGGGAACACUCGCAAGCCGCCCGUCGCUCCGCAUCUCCCAUGCAGGUUCUCCCGCCUUGACUCCUCGUGAGCCAGCCAGCUUCGCCUCUACGCGCUCCUCGCCCGUCUCAUGCCCAACACCAAGCCGCAUCCCACUCGGCGGCCACCGCCGCAAGCACUCGUCUGCCGCGGCGUCGGCGACAUCGGCGACGACAACGACAGGGACAGCGCGCAGCCGCCGUCAGAGCAUCCUACCCCGGCGGUCAUCGGAUAUCGAAGCCGUCAGCAGCCCGCGGCUGGACGCCGAGGCACUGCAACUGGCGCAGGAGAAACUGGCGGCGGAGCGGGACGCGGACGCGAAAGUGGACGCGUUCAACGCGAAGCUCCUGAGCAUGAUCCGACAGGGGAGAGAGGCGCUGGGGACCAAGGUGGAGGUCGAGAUGGACUCGGAACUGGACAUGGAGCUGGACAUGGAGAUGAAUGACGGGCUGGGAACGGGAAUACGUGGAGGGGGGUGGGAGGACGACGAUUGACCGGUCUCUUUUUUUUUUUUUUCUUCUCCCAAGGAAUUUAUUGGUGUCGCAAAAUAAGGGUGUCUUCUGGAGUCUUGAUUAUUGUAACGUAACGCCUUCUGGUGUUGGGAGUAUGAGGGAUAUAUGCAUUCGGUUCGGGUCUCGUUCGGUCCUGCACGAUAUGGAGUUGGGAUGGGUUUCUUUCUUUUUCUUUUUUUUUUUUUUUGGGGGGGGGGGGGGAGGGGGGUUAUGUGUACGUAUUUGACACGUCUACGGUGAACAUACAUGUUUAGGUUUCUUUUUUUUGUAGCAAUCCCGUUGCCCAUG